ACUGUUUAAAAUCUUAUCGUUCAUUGAGAUCAUCAGUAGUAACACCAGGUAGUACUACACCAACUGCAGCAUGUCGAUGUGAAGAAGUUGAAGUACUUCUUGAACCCUAUGACUACAUAGGCUAUGGAUUCACAUUGAUAUCUUCAAUACCAAAUCAGUUCUCUUCAGAAUUAACCAGUUUCCCUCUAAUUGAUCAAAUUGAUCCUCGUGGACCUGCAUUUAAGUUUAAACUAACUAAUGUCAUCUUAAUUAGUGAAUUGAAGUCAUAGGAAUUGAAGCGCUCCAUUUUAAGUGAAUAAUCGGCAAUACAAGUAGAAAGAAGUUUCACUGAUAGUUUGUUUGUUAAUCAGUUUUGUUUUCAAAUGUUAGUACACAUGUUUUAAAGUCACUUUUGGUUUUAAAGAUUUAGAGAAACAAAGGAACAAAAUAUGACAAGAUUGAUUAAUACUGAGAGUCUGAAAAACAAAAGAAUAUUAUAAACAAG